AUGGGGGUUCAGAACCUCUACGAGCGGCUCGACAGAAUGGCCGAGCUGGGGCCCAUGUGGAUAGACGUUACAUGGGGGGCUGGAGGUGCUUCCUCUUCCUCCAACAAAACCUUCGAGAUCUGUCGCAACGCCCUCACCUAUCACGGUCUGGACGUGAUGAUGCACCUCACAUGCACCCACCAGUCAGUGGAGGAAAUUGAUGAGGUCCUGGACAAGUGCAAAGAGGUUGGGAUACGGAAUAUCCUAGCAUUGAGAGGUGACGCUCCGACGCAAUCAAGUGAAUGGAGGGCGUGCCAAGGAGGAUUCUCCCACGCCGUCGAUCUAGUACGCCACAUACGAGGCAAAUACGGCGACUACUUCUGCAUAGCUGUUGCUGGAUACCCUGAAGGGCAUCUAGAAGCCGAAUCGAUUGAAGAGGAUCUGGUGCAUCUCAAGGAGAAGGUGGACGCCGGGGCGGACCUCAUCAUAACUCAACUUUUUUAUGACACGGAAGUGUUUUUCAAAUUCGUAGCGGCCGUCCGGAAGUUGGGCAUACGAGUACCCAUUUUCCCUGGGAUAAUGCCGAUACAGAGCUACUCGGGCUUCAAAAAGAUGACCGAAUUCUGUAAAACUAAAGUGCCGAGGGCGAUAGCGGACCAGUUAGAGCAAGUCAAGGGCGAUGAUCAGAGGGUGAAGGAUCUUGGAGUGGAGAUAUGCGUGGCCAUGUGCUCGCAAAUCAUGUCCUAUGGAGUUGACCAUACUCAUUCCAGUGGGGGACUGCAUUUCUACACGCUCAACCUGGAGUCCUCCGUCUGCCGUAUUAUUGAACGCCUCAUGAUGGUCGACAACCACGUGGCCACCAGGGUUCUUCCGUGGCGGCCUUCCAAGGCCUCGUCUCGACAGGAGGAAAACGUGAGGCCAAUCUUCUGGAGAAAUCGACAGAAGAGUUUCAUCCAGCGGACCAGCAGCUGGGAUGAAUUCCCCAACGGCCGUCUUGGCAACCAGGCCUCCGCUGCUUAUGGUGACUUUGAAUUGAACUUCCGUUCCUAUUCUAAGGAGACUCAAGACAAGGUUUUCACGGACUUCAUCAAGGGCGAAGUGAAGCGGUUGCCGUGGUGCACAGAACCCCCAACUGAAGAGACGCUUUUCAUCCAGAAGCAGCUGAUUCGAUUAAAUCAAUGCAACAUGCUCACUAUAAACAGUCAACCUCGUGUGAAUGGCGCCCUCUCCACUGAUCCUUAUGUCGGUUGGGGCCCGGCAGGGGGCUUCGUCUAUCAGAAGGCCUAUGUCGAGUUCUUCUGUCCAGAGGGUCAGCUCGAGCAGCUCAUCAGAGGAAUCGAGGCCGAGAAAUAUGACUCGAUAUCGUACAUGGCAGUGACGGCUGACGGGUCCAAAGUGAGGUCUAACAUCCCUCCUCAAGGACAGGUCAACGCCGUUACCUGGGGCGUGUUCCCCAAUAGCGAGAUCAUACAGCCUACGGUUGUUGAUGUGACCAGCUUUAUGGCUUGGAAGGACGAGGCAUUCGCUUUGUGGAAUGAGUGGAUGGAUGUCUACCCUGAGGAUGAUCAUCAGUCCAGACAGGUUCUGAACUUCAUUCGACAACAUUACUUCCUCUGUACAGUAGUCGAUAACGACUUUGUUGCUGGCGAUUUGUUCUCUAAAUUGACGAAGAUUUGCACUCCGAUACCCUGGGAGACGCUGAGAAUUGAGAACCCUUCUGAAUCUGACGGCCAUGAGGUGCCCGAGGUGAGCGAGAGGUUCUCCUUCAUAUAA